AUGGCUUUAGGCACCUCUUUGGCAACAGCAAGUGCCUCAACAAAUCCCUCCCCUUCCAAUAACACACAAAACAUGACCGCAGCUACAUCUUCCUUAACAUCUCAACCUCCAACUCUUCCCUCACGACCUACUACUUUGGGUUCUGUGGUCAACCAAACUGCAUCCAACUAUUCGCCUUAUGGAGCAUCAAGACUGGGAGCAAGUCCUUAUGGUGGAUAUGGUUAUAAUUCGUAUUCUUCACCAUAUUCGCGACUUGGAGGAGGCAUGUAUGGCGGAUACGGAAGCAUGUAUGGGGGCUAUGGCGGAAUGUACGGAGGGAUGCCCAAUGGAGACCCGAACAGUCUGACAAAUUCCUUCAACCAAAGUACUCAGGCGACAUUCCAGAUGAUUGAAAGUAUCGUUGGAGCUUUCGGCGGGUUUGCGCAAAUGUUGGAAAGCACUUAUAUGGCAACUCAUAGUUCAUUCUUUGCUAUGGUAUCCGUUGCAGAGCAAUUUGGGAAUCUGCGCAACACGCUAGGCUCUGUGUUGGGAAUCUUCACUAUCCUACGAUGGUUUAGAACUUUAUUCGCUAAAAUUACAGGCCGUCCACUGCCUGCGAACGCCACUUCCUUGACACCUUCUGCUUUCUCAGCGUUUUUAGGCAAAGACGGCUCUUCGACGCCCGCUCGGGACGGCUCUCAAUCGCCGCUACGCCCUUCGAAAAAGCCUUUCUUCUUCUUUCUUGCAGCCGUUUUUGGUCUGCCUUACCUGAUGGGCAAGCUUAUCCGUGCUCUCGCGCGCUCUCAAGAAGUAGAACUUAAACGACAACAAGAAAUGAUGUUGGCUGGAGGUCAUCAAACCGGCCCCGUCGAUCCCUCGAAACUUGAUUUUUGCCGUGUUCUUUACGAUUAUACCCCGGAUACCCAAGCUGCCACAGGUAUUGAUUUGGCUGUGAAGAAGGGUGAUAUUGUUGCGUGGACAAUCAACAACUGGAAGUUCCGAUAA